UACUGUGAAAGUGAUCAUCACAAGAUAGUCAGCGUCCUUCUGGAAAUUUAGUUUAAAAUUGUGAGGACGUGUUUAAUAACUGUGUUGCACCAUGGGCAAGAAGAAAGGAGCCAAGAAUAAACUCGCCAAGAUGUCUGAAGAAGAACGGGCCCGAUAUCUUCAGCAUAGGGCUGAUAUAGAAGAAGAGGCCAGGCGCCGUAAACAACAACUGAUUGCACUAUAUAUGAAGAAUAAACUUAAACGAGAGGAAGCUUUCUCCCGCCUGAAUUUGGCAAAGAUCAAUCAAGAAUGGAGGUCCAUUUUGAGGCAAAUCAAGUGUCAGGAACUUCGCAAUGAAAUAAUUGAUGUUGAGCGUCACUUUCGGGAUUCACUUGAUCAGAAAAAUCGUAUUAUAAGGAGGUUACUUGCAGAUCUGGAUGAAGCAGAAGAGCUAUAUUCAACUUUACAACAGUCCCAUGCAGAAAAUAUUGAGAGACUAAUUGAUAUUCAUCAGAAGCGACUAUCAUUUUGGAAGAAUGCAUACUUGAAGGAAAAAGAGAGUAUAAUGACUGAUUAUCAGAUGGACUUUACAGAAUAUAAGAAAUCCCGUGAAGAAUCUCAAGUUCAGCUGGAAUGCGUUCACUUCGCCUUGCGGGACAUUGCAGAAAGCCAAGAAAUUGAAGCCGAAGAGAAACAUAUUCAAAAAUUAGAUGAUGUUCGAAGCGCGAUGACAAUAAAAUUGGAAGCUAUUACGCGGUCACGGGAAAAUCAAAUCGAGCACCUAUGGAGGCAAUAUCAACAAGUUCUGGACGAUUACGUCCACUACACAGAUUCGUUCAAUGCCGAAUACAACAAUUUGAGGGAACGUGACGAGUAUAAUACGAAAUUAAUUAGAAAACAUUGUAGCGAAAUUAUCCGCGCCACUGACAUGAUUUCUGAGUUGAAAAUAGAAGCAGAGAAUACAAUGGAGGAGCACGAGUUUCGUGUUAAUUAUCUGGAAAAUAACCGGAACAGAUUGAAUGAGCAGUACGUAGCUUUGAAGCGGGCUUUGGAGGGCGCAUUGCGGAAGGACCACGGAACGUUCAAGCAUAUGGUUGUAGCGAGUGAAGGGGUUUUGCGGGUUCUACGUGAUGUAGCGAAGAAAGGCGAAGGUCUUCUGCAAUUAGCAGCAGCAUGCAGGCGCUUGGAAUCAGAGCGUGAGAAGGUUCUUCCGUUCGGUGAAGAUGGGCCUCCGCAGGUGGGUGGAAGACCAAUGAAAACUGUGGGUAUAGACUUGGAAGAUUUGAGAGAGGUCACUCUUGAUUUAUUGUAUAACUUGGAAAAUUUCUGGUUUCGAGUGAAUAAAGUUCGAGUCGACUGUGCUAGUUUGCACGAGGAGAAACUUUCACUGGAGAAUGAAAACGCGAAUCUAAAGAUUCAAAUCAAGGAUUAUUUGAUCAAGAUGACUUUGCAAUCAGGAACAGGUGGACGAGCUGAAGAGCGUCUAAUAAAUCGUCCGAGCAGUAUGAAAGUUGAGAAAGUUAUGCACAUUGAUUUGGAAGGAGAGAAUCGUUUUUCACGCUCGAGAGUUCAAAAGAGACGUCCUGUGACUUGCAUUGAAGGAAACUUGAGUAAUGCCGUACGUGCAACUAAAAUGAUGCAAGGAAAAAUGAAUGAGGGAAAAAUUCGUACUAUUGUGAACUAUUGGUAGUGGAUGGAAGUGCAUAAUGUUUAUCUACCCGCACUUCCAAUGAUUUUCUACAUUUAUACGUAUUUCUCAUAUGCAAGUUUGAUGUUCUCAGAAAGUUUAAAAUUUUGUAACGAAAUUUAUUUUACCAGUGUUUGGGUGCAAUCGUCAUGUACAUCUGUAGUAACUAAUAGAGUACAAUAUUAUGUC